AUGUUUUGGAGAUAUUGGUCAGACGCGCUACUUUCCACGCUACAAGAAAAACAUGUUAUUGUCACCGGAGCGGCCGAAGGAUUAGGUAAGAAAAAAAAAAAAUAUUUGACACUCGAUUAUCCCUAUUCCAAAACAAAACAAUUAUCUAAUCAAUUUUUUGAUGACAUCAUCGACGUUUUUAACGCAACAGGCGAACAAUUUGCGUAUUUUCUCUCCGCAAAUCAAGUAUCGCACUUGGUAAUCGCAGAUCGAACAACCGAUCUUCUAGUACAAGUAUCAAAACGAUGCAUUGAACUCGGAUGUCAAAAUGUAAAACAUAUAACAUUUGACGCGGGAAAUGAACAGGAGUGUUCAUUCUUAAUUACGGAAUCCGUGAAAUUUUUCCCUGAUGGCACGAUCGACAUGUUAAUUCUAAAUCACGCAGAAAGCGUCUUUGAACAUAUUGAUUUCAAUGCGCCACCAACAGAGACGAUUGCCACCCUUUGUCGAGUAACUCAAGUAAAUUAUUUUGGAUACGCGGCGUUGGCACAUCAUGCUCUGCCAUAUAUGACAAAUGACUUGACUACUACGAUAGUUUCGUCAGAGUCCCCAUUAACCAUCACGGUCACCACCACACGAAAAACUAAUAUUAUUGUGGUUUCUUCGCUUGCUUCGUUAUUAUCUGUCCAGAGAACUCAUGUUUAUGCGGCAAGUAAAAGUGCCAUCAAUCAAUAUUUUAUUAGGUUACGUGACGAAUUACGAUUUCAAGGGUUAGCGAAAAACUGUCGAAUUACUAUUUGUAUUUUGGGUCCUAUCGGAACUCAGAAUUUUUAUCGAACAGUCAGGAACCCUAAACUACUCAGUCAGGCUGCGGACCCGAAAGCAACAGUCGUGACAAUUGUAACGAGAUCUUUAUAUGGUGAUGAUUGGGUUUAUUAUCCACGUUUCGUUGGUUAUGCUACGUGGUUGGCCGGUUUCGUGCCAGAAUUCAUGAGCCGAUUGGCAAAUCGGUUAUACUCAUAA